UCUUACGAAUUGUUUCUUAUUUGUGAAAGCUCGUCGAACGGAAGCAAAUCUCGCUUUUUUACCCUUUUGAAAAAUAAAGGAAAAAGUUCGUAAAAAGCGAAAAAACCCAUCGAAUUAAGCCCGAACGUUAGUGGGAAAGUUCAUAUACCAAAAUGGUUGCCAUUAGCAUUGAUUCAGUGAUUGAUAUCUCUGCCGCGGAUCAGUCCUCGGCUACGUCGACGGGUGUUGCUAUUAAGGAUGAGCUACCAAAUGGUAACUACAUUUUGGUUGCCGUUGACAUCGAUACAACAGGACGCCGUCUCAUCGACGAGAUUGUCCAGUUGGCAGCUUAUACUCCUACCGAUCAUUUUGAACAAUACAUUAUGCCGUAUAUGAAUCUAAAUCCUGCUGCCCGUCAGCGUCAUCAAGUUCGCGUUAUUUCGAUUGGAUUUUUUCGUAUGCUGAAGUCGAUGCAGACCUACAAGAUCAUCAAAUCUAAAUCAGAGGUCGCUGCGCUAAAAGACUUCCUUGACUGGCUGGAUCAGUUAAAAUCGAAAAAUCCAAAUGCGGAUGGCAUUGUCUUGCUUUACCAUGAGGAGCGCAAAUUUAUUCCAUACAUGAUUUUGCAAUCGCUGGUCAAGUACGGCAUGCUCGAUAGAUUCACCAAGACAGUCAAGUCUUUUGUAAACAGCUUCAAUCUGGCCAAGUCCACAGUUGGCGAUACCAAACACUAUAGCCUACGCAAUCUGUCCAAGAUAUUGAGCAAGGCCAAGGAGGAGACCGCCAAGGGCAAUGGCAACGAUAAUGAAGCUGACAGUAACAGUAGCAGCACUGAUAAGCAUGUAAAGAAUGGACUCCAACAAAAGGAGCGAGAUGAGUUCGAUGGCAGUGCCAGCGUCCGUGCCAAGCUAACCUUCAAUGUGGCUUUGCAGCUAAGCAAUUUGGACGUUAGCAGCAACACCGCUGAGCCGGAUUCAUCAGCGGAGGCCUUGAGCAAUCUGUUUAAUGCUCUCAAGCCCUUCACUGAGGCAAUCAGCGGUGAUGUCAAGGAGCUGGACACACAGAAUGUUCAUUUAGAGCGACAAAAUUCGUUUCGUCCCGUCUUCUUGAACUAUUUCAAGACCACGCUCUAUCAUCGUGUACGUGCCGUCAAAUUUCGUAUUGUGCUGGCCGAGAAUGGCUUCGAUCUAACCACGCUUAAUGAUAUUUGGACUGAGAAGCGUACCGAGGGGCUAGAUGCUGCCCUGCAAGGCAUUGCCAGCCUCAAGACCGAAGAUAAAAACGAGCUUGUUGAGCUGCUCGAUAGCUUCUUUGAUCCCAAUAAGGUGACCAUCAAACCGAUCAUUAAGCCAAGCACCAUUCGUCGUCGCAAUAAGCGUAACACGCCCUCUCACAAGUCCGGCGGCGGUGGAAAUGGAUCGCGUUCGGCCAGCGAUGAAUUUGGUGCCGGCGGGGAUAAGUCGCAAAGUUUAUCAUCUGUACCAGAUUCAACCACCAAAACACCGUCGCCUAUCAAGAACAACGGGCGUCCACAGCGCAAACGCAAUUCGCGUCCCAGUCUCAACACCAAGGAGGUGAAGAAUGCCGAGUCACUGAACAAUACUGCUCCGGCUAGCAUCUCCAUGCCCAACUACGUACCCAUUGCGGCCAUCAACUAAAAGGGGCGCGGCGCUACCAAACACAAACAGAAUAACCAAAUAUGAUGAUAAAAAGAAAAUCACAAAAAAUUUGUCACAAAGGCAUCAAGCAACUCUUAGAACAAAAAAUAGUAAAAAAUUUAGAAAAAGAAUAAUGAAGAAGAUGAAGAAAUAAUGGAAAAUAAUAAUAAUAAUACAACAAGCGAAGCGAACUGUUUUCCUUUUUGAAGAACGGCACAGAUUAGAAACAAAUUGCAAUCCCAAAAUUCAAGUGUAAGAAGUUAAAAUUUCAAGUAAUAUAAUUUUUUUUUUUUUUUGCGCAACAUGUACACGUGGCUAUCCCAAUGAUAAUACUCGAGAAUAUAUGUGAAAGGACAUGUUAGUGGAUAUGGAUAAUAUGAAUAUGGAAUAUAUAUAUGUAUAAUUGAUGUGGUCUUGGAUGUCGUUGCCCUAAUUGAAGAAGACUCACAAAAAAUAAUGUGGAUGGAAUACGAUAUUUAGAUCUAUAUAUAUAUACAUAAUUAUGAGAAUAAUAUAUAUAUACAUAUAUGUAUUUAUCAACACAUAUAUGUAUGUAUAUAUAAAUAUGUUUAUAUAUAUAUAAGAAUAUGGAGCAAGUUGACCCGAACUCUGGAAUUUCGUGCUUGGGCUACUGCUGAAACACACAUCUAACCCAACACACACGCCUCAAAUUAAUCGGAAGAAAAACAUGAAGAAAUAGAUCCGACUUUAAAAAUGGUGUAUAGAAGAGAUCAAGCAUUAUAUAUGUAUAAAUGUAUAUACAUAAUUGAAUAUGCUAUCAUCAAAUAUCGUUGCGUUCCAGGCAUAAUUUUCCAAAAUAACAGAAGAAACACAAAUAAAUUGGAAAAAUAUGGGCUCAGAAACGCUUCGAUUUUAAAACAACAUUGGGUAAACCUAGACAAUAAACACAGUGAUAUAUAAACGAAAAUUUAUAUAUGUAAUAUAUAUAUAUAUAUAUCAGGUUACCCAAUGUUCAAAAAAUCUCAUAACGAAGCUUAAUGUACGCACACAUACACAGGAAAAGAAGAAUUGCAACAAACAAAUUUUAAUACGUUUUCCUCGAGAGAAGUACUUAGCGAUCGGACAUCUAUUUGCUAUUACUACAAUGACAAUGUCAACACAAACAACACCAUUAUAUACCAAGUCUGUAAUUCACACAACAUUAAGAGCUCAAACUUAUUUCGCAUAUAAAUUUUAAGGAGAGGAGAAACUAUAGCUGAUAUGAAGAAGAAAAGAAACUGUAAGCACACCUAUAUAUACACAUACGCAGGCAGGCACAUAAAAUAUAUGUAUAUGUAUAUGUUUUAUUUCAAGCUGUAUUUCACACAAUUGUUUCAUGUUUGCACAUAAGUUUUAUUUUGAAUAACAAUACAAAUAAAUGGAAAUCAAGAAUAA